AUGGGACCGCGGGCACUCCUCAGCCCCGGGGUCCUGGUGCGGACCGGGCACACGGUGCUGACCUGGGGAAUCACGCUGGUACUUUUCCUGCACGAGACCGAACUGAAGCAGCAGGAAGCCAGAGGGGAAUUGCUGCAGCCCUUGCUCUUCAUCCUUCUGGUACUCUGUUCUCUGCUUCUCUACCUGGCCGUAUCCCUCAUGGAUCCAGGUUACGUGGGUCCUGACCCGGAGGCUCCACCGCCCCCGCCCCAGAAAGAACCCAAGGAAGAGCAGACAGCUAUGAUCCCGGAGAAGACAUUCCGGCUGCGUCGCUGUGGCUACUGUUUGCUACAGCAACCCCUUCGUUCCAAGCACUGUCGCUCCUGCAAACGCUGCGUCCGCCGCUUUGACCACCACUGCCCUUGGAUUGAAAAUUGUGUGGGUGAGCGCAACCACCCCCUCUUCUUGGCCUACUUGGCAGUUCAGCUGGUGGUGCUCCUGUGGGGCUUGCACCUGGCCUGGUCUGGCCUCCAUUUCCGUGAGUCCUGGCAGAGCUGGUUGCCACACAAUGGCCUUCUUUUUCUCACCUUCUUGCUGCUGAGCAUCUUCUCAACUGUGGUGACUCUGCUUCUGGCCUCUCAUCUCUACCUGGUAGCCAGUGACACGACCACCUGGGAGUUUAUCUCUCCACACAGAAUCGCCUACCUGCGCCACCGUCCUGACAGCCCCUUUGACCAGGGCUUUGCAAGAAACCUGGCUCGGUUCUUCUGUGGCUAUGGGGCUGUGCCCUGGGAGGUACUCUAUGCCCAGGAGGAAAAGGGUGAGGCUGUUUAGGACCUCUAGGAAGAGUGGGCACUGGGAGCACGCUCUCUCUGAUGACUGCCAUUUAGGCCAGCUUACAAGUCUGGCAAGGUUCCACCUAAAUUUCACUCCAUCUUGUCAUUUAUCUAUCCCCAUGAAGUACUGGGGGGAGAAGAAAGUACUUCUUUGCUACCUGUGACCCAUUUGUGCCUAAACCCUGGAUUCCUUCCCAUCCUGCAUCCCCACAGCAGGUUGCUGGACCCCCUGGGGAACCACUAGACUACAGGACACUGCCCCCUCCCCAGGAGACAGAAACUUUAUCCCAGAGACUUAAGCUGGGUCAGGACUGGGGACUUGGACAAUAGAACUUUUAAGGGCCUACUAGAAAUGGUCACAGAGAUGUUUAUAGGGGAGGCCUUGGCUGGCUCAAGGCCCAAGGAGGGAAGCAAAAGUAACUGAGGCUCAAGUGUGCACCCACACAUCUACCCAGGCUAUUUACAAAGCAGCCCUAUUUACUGUAAAGGCCUUUGAACUUUAGUUCCUAGAGAAGUCUCAGAACUUUUACAUUUUUCCUUUCUUCCCCUCAAGACAGCACCCCCAGCUUCCCAAGCCAGACCAUUUACCCUAGGGCUCUGCAAUUUACAAAUUUAAUAGUCCAAAAAGCAGGUAGAUUAUUAAAAAAAAAAAAAAGUAACACACCAGUGCACCCUGCUUCCCACUGUGACCCUUCAGAGGUGUGCGCUUUGUACAGAAAUGUUCAAUAAACCCUGGCUGCUGACCAGCCUUGGCUCCA